CAAGCGCCUCUCGGGCGAGGCCAAGCGCCCCUCCGCCCCUCAGGAGGCCGCGAGGAGCGGGAGUGGCCGCGGCCUGGCGGGCGCAGGAGGCGGGGAGCGCAACGCCCGCCUGCCCGCCCGGCGUCGCCCCUCCCCGCUCAGCGGCCCAGACGGAAGACUCGGAGGCGGCGUUGGCGGCCCGCGUCGGGCCACCGGAGGGGGUUCAUGACUUCUGCAUUAAACUGUUCAACUAAAUGAGCGUCAUGAGCAGAAGCAAGCGUGAGAACAACUUUUACAGCGUAGAGAUUGCAGAUUCUACCUUCACUGUGCUCAAACGAUACCAGAAUUUAAAGCCUAUCGGUUCGGGCGCCCAGGGCAUUGUAUGCGCUGCGUAUGAUGCUAUCCUUGAAAGAAAUGUCGCAAUCAAGAAGCUGAGUCGGCCGUUCCAGAACCAAACCCACGCCAAACGAGCCUACAGGGAGCUUGUUCUCAUGAAGUGUGUAAACCACAAAAAUAUAAUCGGCCUAUUGAAUGUCUUUACCCCACAGAAAUCACUGGAAGAAUUUCAAGAUGUUUACAUAGUGAUGGAGCUCAUGGACGCAAAUCUCUGCCAGGUGAUUCAGAUGGAGCUGGACCACGAGCGAAUGUCCUAUCUUCUCUACCAGAUGCUGUGUGGCAUUAAACAUCUUCACUCUGCUGGAAUUAUCCAUAGGGAUUUGAAGCCAAGCAAUAUAGUAGUAAAAUCUGACUGCACGUUGAAGAUUCUUGACUUUGGACUGGCUAGAACUGCAGGAACCAGUUUUAUGAUGACACCUUAUGUAGUGACUCGUUACUACAGAGCACCAGAAGUCAUCCUAGGAAUGGGCUACAAAGAAAAUGUUGACAUUUGGUCAGUGGGGUGCAUCAUGGGAGAAAUGAUCAAAGGUGGUGUAUUAUUCCCUGGUACAGACCAUAUUGAUCAGUGGAAUAAAGUUAUUGAACAGCUGGGGACACCGUGCUCAGAAUUCAUGAAGAAGCUGCAGCCGACGGUGAGGACGUACGUGGAGAACAGGCCUAAGUAUGCUGGCUAUAGUUUUGAGAAGCUCUUCCCGGAUGUCCUUUUCCCAGUUGACUCCGAGCACAACAAACUGAAGGCCAGUCAAGCAAGAGAUUUGUUAUCCAAAAUGCUGGUGAUCGAUGCAUCAAAAAGAAUCUCAGUGGAUGAAGCUCUGCAGCACCCGUACAUCAACGUCUGGUAUGACCCUUCCGAAGCAGAAGCGCCUCCUCCAAAGAUACCAGACAAGCAAUUAGACGAACGAGAGCACACAAUAGAAGAAUGGAAAGAGUUGAUUUACAAAGAAGUCAUGGACCUGGAAGAGAGAACCAAGAAUGGGGUUAUACGUGGACAGCCGCCUCCUUUAGGUGCAGCAGUGAUCAAUGGCUGUCGGCACCCAUCUUCAUCAUCCUCUGUCAAUGACGUGUCUUCGAUGUCUACUGACCCAACGUUGGCUUCUGAUACAGACAGCAGUCUAGAAACAUCCACAGGCCCUCUGGGUUGCUGUAGAUGACUACUAGAGGAAUUGGGGGGUGGGACGGGGGGGUUGUCUUAGUUACAUAAAUAAGUGGUGGUAUUUUGGAGAGUUCCAAAGUAAUUGUGGGAUUCAUUUCAGAGUGCUAAUUUUAAACUGUAAGUUGUGUUACAAGCAAGCCACAGUGCUUUCCUGUAAUUAAGUGUACAGUAUUAAUUUUUAUCAUGGGUUUUAAAAUCUGCAUAUGUUUUACUACUGUAAGGCUGACCUUAUUUUUUUAAAUUGCAUUUGUAAGACUUGCUUUAUUCAAUGUCAUGUUCAGUCUGUUACGUCACAACUUUAUUUAUGGGUUUUUUUUAGACUUUUCAGAACUGUUUUUGUUAGGGUAUCUGUCUAUGUUUACAGACCCUUUUCAACCCGUAAGCUUAAAUCCUUUCUUUCUAGCCAUGUGGCUAAUUAUAACUCCAGGGACAAGAGCUCUGAGCACAGAAGAUUCUUGUGGUGUAAUGGGAACAUUAUGAAAGCCUUGGCAGCGUUGCGUCAGGGAGCGAGCCAUCCCUUGUGUCCAAAGAAGCUGGCCCAGCCUAUCCGAUGCAGCUUCUGUUCACCUGAAGCAAGAAGGCGACGCUUGAUCAAACACACAAUCUUGCCAGACAAAUAAGCUGUUUCUGCAAGUUGCCGUUUGCCUGCCUCUUCACCUUCUCCCCCAAUUAAACCAAUCAGUCGUGCGAAUCCGUAUUUCCCACAUCCUACACAAGUCUGCAAAGUUCUCAUUUCUCUGCCGGUUCUUCUGUAUGCAGACUAGUAUAUUUCUUUUUCCUCAAGCACUUUUCCCACCCAAAGGCUCGUGUGGUCUUCAGUUCCGUAGCUGAUGCCUGCUCCUGCCGUGGAGUCCAUCAUACCGGUCAUUUCUUACCCUCUUAAAUCAACAGAGCUGAAAUUCCAAACGCUGACCCCGGAUUACCCUGAAGCCACGAGAACGGAAUAGUUUUCAGCCCUGAGAUCUCCCGUUUUCUACGAGCUCACUUUUUUUUAAAACAAAAAAAGAGUAAUAACGAACUGUGUAGAAAUGUUAAAUAGUAAUGUAAAAUGGUGCUGCUCUUCACCAAAAUAUAUUAACUGUUUACAAAUGUAUAUUAUUGAAUGAUUUUGCGCAGCUCCCCUGUGUAUGAGUAAAACAAUCAUGGAGAAUUUUAUGUCCUUGAAAAAUGCAUUUUUUUUUAAUUUAGGCUGUACCGAUUGCCUUGUGUAGAUAAAAGUAUUUUGUGUAGUGAAUAUAAAUGUGAACAAAACUGUACGUCAGUGCUGACUAUAGAAAUGAACAUUAAAUGAAAUAGCACAAGCAUCUGGUUGAACACAA